GGCUCAUGAAGCUGAGUUAAAACCACACACAGCAGCGCUGGACUCUCUGUGCUAACACACAGGGGGAGCCCGCCAUGCAGUUACUAGUCCAGGUCAUCCUCACCCUGUGGGUCUCCUGGGCUCAUGGACAAGGAAGAACUUGUGAUUUCCCAGAAAUAAAACAUGGAAACAUAUAUGAGGAAAACAGAUAUAAGCCCACCUUCCCGGUCGCCACAGGGAAAUACUUCUACUACUCCUGUGAUCACAGCUUUGUGUCUCCCUUCCAGUCACUCUGGACUCAGAUAAACUGCACGGAGGGAGGAUGGUCGCCAGCUCCGAGGUGUAUCAGACAGUGCUUCUUCCCCUGGGUGGAAAAUGGGCGUUCCACAUCUUCAGGGCGAACGCACCAGGAAGGGGACACCGUACAGAUCAUCUGUGACAAGGGCUACAGCCUCGCCAAUGACCAGGAAGUCAUCACGUGUGCAGAACGCGGCUGGUCCACGCCUCCUACAUGCAGCCGCAACAAGUCCAAAGAAAAAUGUGGGCCCCCACCUUCUAUUGACAAUGGAGACAUUACCACAUUCCCAUCACCAUUCUACGCUCCCGGGUCUUCAGUGGAGUAUCAAUGCCAGGCCUACUAUCAACUUGAGGGAAACAGGAGAAUAACAUGCCACGAUGGACAGUGGUCUGAGCCACCCAAAUGCUUAGAUGCAUGUGUAAUAUCAGAAGAAAUCAUGAAAGAACAUAACAUACAGUUGAAAUGGUCAGAUGCGAAAAAAAUUUAUUCUGGAACAAAUGAUUAUGUUGAAUUUGUGUGUCGACCUCCCUAUCGUAGAGUGUCACCAGCAUCUGCAUUCCGAGCACAAUGUCGAGAAGGAAAAAUGGAGUUUCCCACUUGUGUAUAAAAUGAGAGCUAUGUGGCAGUUUUCACAUUAAAAUAUGUGCCUUCAUUCAGAAUUUUUAAUAUUAAUCUAAUCCUUCUCAAUUUAUUUUUCUAGUUGGGUGUAACUCACUUUUAUUCAUUAAUCACAAUUCCUGUUAAAUGCCAUGUGGGAGAUGUCAUUGUAAUCUGAGACCAACGGACCACUUCUCAUAAGCAUCUCAUUAAACUGUGACAAACCAA